AGUCACGGGUCGCUCAAGUAUGGCGAUUCAGUCGCUGUUUAUAGUGCUAGUACACCGUUUAUGAAUGGUUCUCAUAAAAUAUUGCCUCAGGUUCUAUUGUUAUAUAUAACAUUUAAAAUAUCUGUUAUUUAUAAUGAUAAAGUAACUCUUAGUGUCCUAUAAAUGUAAUUAUUUUAAAAGUUUAAAAAAAGUGGGUUAAACAAUAAUAAAAAAGAAUUAGAUUUAAAACAAUAAACAGAUUCGACGCCUGCCGUAGUAAUGGAGGAAACGAGUGCCGCGCUGUCUGCCGACGAGGAAAUAAACCUCAGUGACAGGCUCGAAAACGUUUGCCACGAAAAAAAUCCAACCAAAUCUUCAAACAUGGAUUCUCAAAAAUUCGAAAGCGGAAGUGGAAGCGGAGAUCACGAAUUGAGUCAUUUGGACGACGGUACAGAUACUUUGGCUAAAAAACGAAAAACUCGUCGCGGUAAACCGAAACAUCGAAAAGUUAAGCCUUACAGAAAACAAGAAUCUUACACUCACAAGUUACGAGUUCGGUCCAAUUCCAGUCGAGUUAUAAAAAAACGUACUCAGCCACCAGCUCCUUACAAUACUACGCAAUUUCUGAUGGAAGACCAUAGCGAUCUACCAAACUUGGAACAAAAAUUGGCAGGUACCAACACCGAAGUUCCAAAAAUUAUUCAAAAGCCCUUAGUAUCAAGAACAAGAGAUUCCAGUUUCAGCAUUGAUUCAGACGAAGAUUAUUUUUACUCAUCUCCGGAAGAUGAAGAAGAGUUUCUAACAAAAGAAUUUUCAAGCGCAUAUGAGGAUCUACAUGCAGAAAGACUGAGUGCGUUGUCAAAAUCUGAACUAAUUCAAGAGUAUAUCCAACUUGAAGCAAAGGUCGAUAUUCUUACCAAGCGAUUACGAAGUAGAAAUUUCCAGCAAACUGAGGAAAAAGAACUGGAUAAUAAAAUCAAUGCUACCUUAGCAUCAGAUUCAUCUGAAUUUGAAAUGGCGAAGAAACUAAAAAUAUGCCAGCAAAGAAUAGACGACUUGAUACAACAGAACGAUCAGUUAAGAAGAGACAUAGAAACGCUAAGAGGAAAGCGGAGACAAAGUUCCAUUUCGAGUGUCGACAGCGAAAGCGACAGUGAUAGCAGUGGCAGUUGCAGUUGCUCAGGAAGUAACGGCUCUACUCAUUAUCAAUCUGCAAGGCAUAAUGUUGAUCAUAAAACCAGCGGUAAAUCGGCGAAAAUAACUGGCGACAACACAGAACCCAUGACUAUUUCGUCUCCAAGUCCUACCAAAUUUUUAAAAAGUAUUUCCACGGAACUAACUAUCAAUUCCAACACAACCACUCCAAAUGUUGGUGUGCUGCCAACUUAAAAACAUAUAUCACAUUUAAACUUUUCUUUUAUUAAAAGUGUGUUUUAUUUUCAUUAUAACAUAAUUAACUUAAGUUUUCGUUAAAGUAGACAUUUUUAGAUCUUUGAUUUGAAAAAGUUGUUUAGUUUUUUUAUUUAUUUAAUUUUCGUUUUGUUGAGUACGAAUCAGAAAUCUGAUUAUAAAAAUAAAAUCUUACCCCUGAUUAAAAACUUCGAUUGAAACCAAUGAAUUAUGAUUGAAAGUCUAUCGGAUUUCAAUCGGAACCAAUUGGAUUCAAUCGGAGUUUUUAAUCAGGGACAUUUGUGAAUUAUUAAAUAUUUCACGGUGAACAAUAAUUCCACAGUAAUACAAGAAAACAUUCUAUCAAUAAAAGCGUGAGAAAUAUCGCGAAGGAAUUAAUAAAAAUAGCUGAAAUAAUGUGUAAGUCAAUUUUUAUCAUUAGAAAAAAUUAUAUUUUUAAAUGCAGUGCAUUGAAAACAAGAGUAUUAUUAUAAAUACUAUUGGUAUAAAGAAUUUUAUGUAGCGCUAUAAGUCACGAGAAUUUUGUUAAUUAUACGAUUGUACAGAAAUUAGAUAAUAAGAAUUCGCUGUGAGCUUAUGAUCUAAAAUUAUAAUGCUAUAUUUAAACAUCAUAUUACUGUAAAAUUUCAUUUGUAAAAUAUUUCUUCAAUUUAUAGUUUCUUUGAUUCCUUGUUUUGACCGAAUCCCGUCAUAUUCAUCGCUGUAAUUACUCAGUAAAAAAUAUUGUGUAUGUGUUAAAAACGGCCUGUGUUAAAUCAACACAUUUCACUGUGUUACUUAAAAAUUUUAAAUCGAUCUACUAUUCAAAGUGUUACUUUAAAAGUGUUAAUAGUACAGAAAUUAAAAUUAUAAACAUUUAUUGAGUGUUAAUUUAAAAUUAACACAAAAUUUAUGUUGAAAAGUCAAUCGAUAGUCGCGGAAGAAUUA